CCGAGCUGGGAGUCACCAUCCCCAGGUCGGGAGGGGACUACUCCUAUGUCACUGAGAUUUUUGGUGGGUUAGCUGGGUUCCUGCUGCUGUGGAGUGCAGUGCUUAUCAUGUACCCAACUAGCCUGGCUGUCAUUGCACUGACCUUCUCAAACUAUGUCCUGCAGCCUGUCUUCCCUAACUGUAUUCCCCCCUACAAUGCCUCUAGGAUCCUCUCCAUGCUGUGUUUACGAAACUACAAAGAGUUGGCACCAAGCAACGCAUUCAGAUUUUGGAUGACUCCAUCCGUGGGGCAUUUAGCAUUAGCUUUUCUUCAAGGGUCCUUUGCAUUCAGUGGCUGGAACUUCUUGAACUAUGUAACAGAAGAGCUGGUUGAUCCCCGCAGGAACCUACCUCGUGCCAUAUUCAUAUCCAUCCCAUUGGUGACAUUUGUGUACACGUUCACCAACAUUGCAUAUUUCACUGCCAUGUCACCCCAAGAGCUCUUGUCCUCCAACGCUGUGGCUGUAACAUUUGGUGAAAAGUUACUGGGCUAUUUUUCCUGGGUUAUGCCAGUCUCAGUGGCCCUAUCUACAUUUGGAGGAAUAAAUGGAUACCUUUUUACCUCAUCAAGGCUGUGUUUCUCUGGUGCUCGAGAAGGCCACUUGCCAAGUUUGCUGGCCAUGAUCCACGUCAAGAACUGCACCCCCAUUCCUGCCCUUCUCCUCUGUUGCUUGGCCACACUCAUCAUCAUGCUUGUUGGAGACACAUACACACUAAUCAACUACGUGUCAUUCAUUAACUACCUCUGCUAUGGAGUGACGAUUAUGGGCCUGAUUGUUCUACGCUGGAAGAAACCCAAAAUCUUCAGACCUAUCAAGGUGAACCUCCUCAUCCCCAUCACUUACCUGGCAUUUUGGGCAUUUCUGCUGGCCUUCAGCUUAUACUCUGAGCCAGUUGUCUGUGGGAUUGGACUAAUCAUCAUUUUAACCGGAGUGCCAGUGUUCUUCCUUGGAGUCUACUGGAGAAACAAACCAAAGUGUGUAAAUAGGCUAAUAGAGUCCGUGACGUGCUGGGGGCAGAAGCUGUGUUUUGUGGUGUACCCUCAGUGUGGAAGUCCUGAGGAGGAAGCAUCCUCAGCCCACUCCUGGCAGCUGGGGAGAGAGACAGCAGUGAGGAAAUAACAACAGCGUCGCCUUUGAGGCUG